AUGAGAAACCAGACAGAAAUAACAGGGUUUGUCCUCCUGGGACUGUCAGAUGACCCAAAGCUCCAGGUGGUGAUCUUCGUCUUUCUGCUCAUCUCCUACAUGCUCAACAUCACUGGGAACCUGACCAUCAUCACCCUCACCCUGCUGGAUUCCCACCUACAGACCCCCAUGUAUUUCUUCCUCAGAAACUUUUCUUUGUUAGAGGUUACAUUCACGAGUGUCAGUAUACCCAAGUUCCUGAGCACCAUUAUUUCAGGAGAUAAAAGCAUUUCUUUUAACAAUUGCAUGGUUCAGUUAUUUUUUCUCAUUCUCUUGGGAGUCACUGAAUUUUACCUUCUGGCUGCCAUGUCCUAUGACCGUUAUAUUGCCAUCUGCAAGCCUCUGCAUUACAUGACCAUCAUGAAUCGGAGAGUCUGCACACUCCUUGUCUUUGCUUCCUGGCUGGCUUCGUUCUUAAUCAUAUUCCCAUCACUCAUGCUAUUCAUACAGCUUGAUUACUGUAAGUCCAAUGUUAUAGACCAUUUUACUUGUGAUUAUUUUCCCUUACUACACCUUUCUUGUUCAGACACAAAACUCCUAGAGACAAUGGGGUUUUCCUUUGCUGUGUUUACUCUAAUGUUCACUUUGGCAUUGAUAUUUCUCUCUUACAUAUAUAUCAUCAGAACUAUUUUGAGAAUUCCUUCUACUAGUCAGAGGACAAAGGCUUUUUCCACGUGUUCUUCCCACAUGAUUGUCAUCUCCAUCUCUUAUGGCAGCUGCAUUUUCAUGUACAUUAAUCCAUCAGCAAAAGACAGAGUGUCUUUGAGCAAGGGAGUUGCUGUGCUCAACACCUCAGUGGCCCCCAUGCUGAACCCCUUUAUUUACAGCCUGAGGAAUCAGCAAGUCAAGCGAGCCUUCGUGGACAUGGCGAGGAAGACUGCAUUGUUCACAAACAAUUCUAAACAUGUAGUGUCAUGA